AUGCGCAAAGUUCCUGGACAAGGACUGGAGGAUACAGACCAGUGGCGGGAGAAGAUCAGGGAAAGGCAGGGAAUGCUAGACAAGGUCUUCAAGAACAUCCAGAAUUUUAACUAUGAAUUCAUAGAGAAGACUAAGCUUGUCCACGUCGACCUUGGCCUGAGAAACUUUCCGGUCGAUGAACAUAUGAAUGUCUACCCAAUAGACUUUGGACCCCCAUCCAUAUAUCCUGUAGAGCGCGUACCCAGCCGCAGUGAAUUUGAUGCGUGGUUUUCAAAAAGAUUUGAUCUCAUAUGGGGCACACAACAAGGAGGAAAAUAUUGA